CCUAUAGAUGUCCUCAAAGAAGAAGCCCAACCACUAGUCAGUAUCGGUCCGGACGAGAGCCUAUUCAACGCAAUCAAAUUGUUAAUCCAUAAGAAAGUACACCGACUUCCAGUCAUCGACCCCGAGACGGGAAAUGUAUUAUACAUACUGACCCACAAACGAAUUCUUAAAUACCUGUUCCUUUAUUACUACAACCGACUUCCAAUGCCAUCCUAUCUGAAUAAGCAGCUCAAAGAGCUGAUGAUCGGGACGUACGAGAACAUCGCGGUCACCACCACCAACACCCCACUCAUUCUGGUGCUCCAACAGUUCAUUGAGCGCCGGGUGUCGGCACUGCCCGUCGUCGACAAACGGUCCAAAGUGGUCGACGUCUAUGCAAAGUUUGAUGUCAUUCAUUUAGCCGCUGAUAAGACGUACAAUAAUCUGGACAUUACAGUGAAGAAGGCACUGGAGCAUAGAGACCAAUCGGAACGGGUUAUCAAAUGCACAAUGAAUGACACACUGCACCAGAUUCUCGAGAAGAUUGUCCAGGCUGAGGUACACCACCAUUCACACAACAUUACAGUGACUAUUGUGCACAGUACCCUGGUCAAACAUGUCCACAGGAUAGUGGUGGUGGACAGCGAGGACCACGUGAUCGGAAUCAUAUCGCUGUCGGACAUCCUAUCGUUUCUAGUGCUCCGACCCGUGGGCUUAGAGCGCAAAGACAUUGAUUGCGAUAAACUGGUGGAGGAGACGGCCGAAGAGGUGACCGACAGUGACCACAACGACGACAAUACGGNGCUGUCGGACAUCCUAUCGUUUCUAGUGCUCCGACCCGUGGGCUUAGAGCGCAAAGACAUUGAUUGCGAUAAACUGGUGGAGGAGACGGCCGAAGAGGUGACCGACAGUGACCACAACGACGACAAUACGGCGCUCACGAAGGCUCCGGCAGCCGACGAACAAAAGGCGACCCCAAUCGCGGCCACUGCCAAG